CAGAGGAAAAAAUCAUUAAAGUUGCUUUGACACCAUUCAAGAGCCGAAAAUACGAUAAACAUGCCUCUCAAAUCCAAGAUGCCCCUACCUGUGAUCCCCGUCCCCCUUCCUGAGCGGCUCCCGGAACUUCCCGUGCCCCCCGCCAAAUUCCUUCACCACGUUCAGGCAAACCCGGGCGUUCCCGUUCGCCAGCUCCUUGAACCGUUCAUCGAGUACGAGACGGCUCUCCGUGCCUACUUUGCUCAGGCUCCCGACCAUCAAUUUGUCAAGGGCGAUGUCAAUCUCAUCUCGCUGUUCGAGGAUGGGAAUGAUGGUUUGCUCAGGAUUCGUGGGAGAAGAGUUGAUGAAGAGGGUCGGGAAGAGCAGAAGAGGUAUAUUGUUCCUCUCCGGGGGAAUAUACGACUUGUACUGACUCCGGGGCUGCAAGGUAUGUGAUGCCAUUGAGCGAAAAGGGCCGGAAGCCCGACGGGGAGCCAGCCUUGGUCACUUCAUUGGAGGUGUUCAGGAAGAACUUUUCCAUCUUUAGUGAAGGAGCUUUGAUGAACCUUGAUUGGAGUCAUGUUGUUGGUCAGUGCUCCCUCCCCAUCUUUGCUGCGUCCGGGGGCUAAUGUUGCUCAGCCGCUGGCUCGUCCGUCCUAACCCCCCUCCUACGCACGCCCGAGGAGCAGGGCGAGAGCCUGAGGUCGCUCCGCGAGUAUUAUCAUGAUAAUCUUGCUCCCGCCUCGGACAUUGAUUUGUUCAUCCAUGGGAUUGAAGACCCACAGGAGGCCAUCGAAAAGAUGGCGGCCAUUGAGAGCACUGUCAAGGAUAACCUUCUUUGGGAGACAACGUGAGUGGUGCCGGGCACGCGCCGUUAAUCGAGCUAAUCCAAGUUGGUCAGCACUGUGAGAACCAAGAACACCAUCACCAUUGUCAGCCAGUAUCCGAACAGACAUAUUCAGAUAGUCUUGAGGCUGUACAAGAGCGUCUCUCAGAUCCUUACUGGCUUUGACGUGAAUUGUGAAUCCACCUGUCAUUUCUCGCUUUCACCCUUUUCAGAAUAAUGGCUAAUAUCAUAGCACAUCUUAAGGCGCAUGUGUGGCCUAUGAUGGCACCCGAGUCCUGGCGGUUCCUCGUGCGUAAGUAUAACAAUAUGGUCGUGGGCUUGUCACCGAAUACCUUGAGGCUAAAGCUCGCUGUAGUAUCGCAGCUGCAAUGACUCAAUGCAACGACAUUGACCUUACCAGAAGAUCCCCUUGUAACCAGCCCUCCUUUUUUCUCGCUUCCUCUUCUUUCUCGUGGUUAUUCUCCGGGCUCUAAUAGUGGAUCAGCAUAUGAGAAUCGUCUUGCCAAGUAUUCCCGUCGAGGGUUCGAGGUUUACUGUCCGUUCCUAGACCGCUCGCGCAUCGACCCAACUAUCUACGAACGAGCGUUCAAUCGAACUGUUGGUUUGGCUAGGCUUCUCGUCCUCGAAGCCCUCCCUGAGCCUGAAACACGGGAUGCAUAUGUACGCCAGAGAAAGGAGGAGAUGGGACGCCCGGUUGACCCUUACGCCUCGCUCUGGAUGAACAAGAAUCGAGGCGACAAAAAGCAGGGAGCGGAUGAGGAUCUUGCCGAAUGGAACUUUGAGGAUAUCUCGAAUUACGAGAAAUUCUCAAUUCCUUACGGGCCGGGCUACGACGCUAAGAAGUGAGCUCCCCUGAUAACUUGCGAUGGACAUCCAAUUAACAUGAGCUAGGAUUGAGAGGCUGUUUAUCAAGAGGGAUCUCCUAUUGAACGCGGAAUGGAACCCCCAGAAUACCCCCCCUCACCGCACCGUCCAUCUUCAUCGACACCCCGUAUUUCUUGGCGCUGUUAGGGGCGUGGUUGUGGACUGUUGCGGCUUCUGUCCGGAGCCAUUGAGUGAUGAGGAGAAGAAAGUACAGGAGCAGGAGGACGUUAUGUAUAUUCGUGGAGACCUCAAGUUCCUCAAAGACGACCCUGGUAGGCAGGAGAUUGGUAGCUUUUACCCACUCGGCCCGGAAGACUAUACUGAAAUGGCAUAUGUUGGAAACACGGAGCGAUUCUGCCAGGCUAUUGUUAAAAAUGACCUUGAGUUCGUCAGGUCUUGGUGCGCUACGGAGGAGGGGAAGGCAGGCAUCAAUCGUCGGGACUUUUGCGGCCGAACUCCAUUACAUUUGGCUGUGCUGAACGAGGGCACCCUGGUCGAAAUUGUGCAGGUCUUGGUUGACACUGGCGCAAGGCUCGUGGCAAGAAUCCAGGAUGGACGCACGGCGCUCCACAUUGCGGCAGGAAAAGGGAGGAUCGAUAUCAUCACCGCGUUACUCAAGAAGAGCGAAGAGAACGAGCAUGAAAGGGACUUCAGGGAUGAAAAUAGGAGAGCCACUGAAAGCCCGCGAGCCGGAGAAGUCGGGGCCGAUGGAAACGAGAAAAUGUCGGAAUCGAUUCACUCUCAGUCAGAAUUGUCUGGCGAAGAAUUUGAGUACAUGAGAGUCGGGAGUGGGUCAAUCGCUGCGGAAACCGCCACUGAUGGCUCCUACGUGAGGGUGAGAAGGGGUAAAGAGGAGGAGGGGCCGGUAGAAGGGGCGAUUGAUGAUGAUGAGGACCAGGACGAUAUAUAUGACAUUAAUGUCGUUGAUUGGGAUUAUCAAAUGACGCCCCUCCACCAUGCUAUCGUUCGUGGCCACUGUAGCGCCGUUGAGUUAUUGGUUUCUGACUUUGGAGCCGAUCCACUUAUGCCUAUGAAGAUCUUCGAGAGGGGGCACGGGGGACGCAAGGUGCCGAGAGCAGCUGUACUUGUCCUUGUUCUUAUUUAUCAACUCCCUAGUGAAAAGCAAGCUGAGAUGGCUGCUACGCUGCUGAGGGUGGGUGCAAGGACAUCGCAGGCCGAUAGCUUCUCCAAAACCAAUGGAUUGCUGCACGCAGUGGCGCAUGACGCAAUGCCUGUUUUGGAAAAGAUGUUUGAGCUCGAUGGCCCGGGGGCGAGGAGCAUUCUCAAUAAAGCCUCCAGUUACAACUUCCAAAAUGAAGUGACUACACCUCUUACAGCCGCCAUGAGAAAAGCAGGAGCAAGCCAAUCGCUCGAUAUUGCGAAUUGCCUUCUUGACAAGGGUGCAACUGGGUAUGUCAAGUUCGACGAUUUUCACCGCUGUUUGAGGGCCUGUCACGCUUCGCCGUACUCAGGUCAUAACAACGAUCAAUCGUACAAGACACUCAAACAAACCAUCGAGAUCUCCAUCGAAUGUGAAUAUACAUGUGCGCUCAUACCACGCCUUAUAAAGGCGGGGGCAGACCCAUCGGCUAUCACUUCGUCUACAGCGAGUCUAUGGGAUUUCGCCCAUGCCACAGGACCACUUCACACCCCGGGCGAAACCGUUCUUGACCAGUUACGCAAUAAGAUUGAAGGAUACCGCAAUUUCCUCAAGACAGAGCCGGAACCGGCCGUUGUUUGGAAUCAGGAUCCGCUCCCUGCCUCUUUUCUUGAUGGCUUCCCAGAAGGGUCCUGGGAGCGAUUCACUGCUGAAUUUGCUUGGAAGAGAGAAAACAAGGCUCGAGGGGUUAGGUCGGCGGGUGUUGGGCAAUCUGUGUUUAGGGUGGCUCGGGCGGUAGAGCCAGGGGCGAAGAAGACGAGGAAGAACGUUGAGAAGCUUUUGCGAUUAUUCGAAGAGACUGAGAAGGUGUUAGUAGAGGCUGGGGCAAAGACUUUUGAAGAGUUAUACCCGGACAGGAUGCCAGUCCCACCCGCGGUGCAACCCACACCUACCAUCCCCCCCCCCGGUCUGUUUAAUCAGGGCGGUGGGGGUCUCUUUGGCAGCCCAACGACCCCACACGCUUUCGCAGUGCCUUUUCAGGUCUCGAUCCCCUGCGAAAAGGGUACGCUUGAACGGUAUAGCGAGUUAUUCAAUGCAGUUUGGAAAGGAGAUCAGGAAACUGUAAAGACUCUCACAACAGGCCCAUCCGGGGAACCCCCUAUGCCAGCUCUUCAAAUUUCCGUGACUAGCCGUGGAUGGACCACACUGUGGAUCGCUGUCCACCGCCGCGACUACGCCAUGGCUAGACUGAUAUUGGAGAUCGUGAAAUCUCAAUACGAAGAGCCGCGAAAGAAGCAAGCUAGAGGCGCGGUUAGGAUCAAUAUACCUGGCGACACCGACGAUGAUGAUGAUGACAGUGGGCAUUAUUUCCAGGAUGCUGGCGAUGAGGACUUCACUAUUGAAGAUACUGGUGCAGUGUCUGACUUCGUCAAGUGCAGCGUUUCCCCAUAUGAUUUUAUAUGCCAGGGCCCGCCCCAAUUGGACGAGCUACUAGGUGAAGAAGAGGAAGCUUCACUUAGGAAGCAGAAUCUGUUUCGGGUAAGACUGAUACAAAAGUUUCCCAUGGAGGUUCUUGAACUGAUUGUUUGCACCAAAAUAGUGGCUUGAGCAGUGGACCAUACUCUCGUUGUCAAUAUACAAGGACGAUCCAGAACUCUUCGAAUUUAUAUUGUCAGCUGUGGAGGAGUCUGGCGGGCCCGACGCCGCCCAGAGUUACAUCCUCCCAUUCGAAGGGAUGCGGCGGUAUGACUACUGUGCAUAUGUCAGACUGGCACUUGCCCAUGGCCGGAUUUGGGUUUUGGAGGAGCUGAUGAAGCGCUAUACCUUUGGGAUUCACUACGAUUCAUUGAGGGAACAAGAUCACGAUGUUCAGAAUGCUAAGCCCAAGUAUUACCGGGGCCUAAUAGUCAAUGGCACAAGAGCACGAGUAGACGACCCAUAUGAAACCCGCUCACUAGACACAAGAGAUAUCCAAAAGCCACUACAGGUGGCGGCAUACUUUGGAAAUCUUGACUCGAUCAAAUGGCUUUUGAGUGACCGGCCCCGGAGAUGUCUCGAUUCGUUCAUGGACCUCAAGCCUGGAAAUGAGUGUGUCAAGUUACUAAAGAAUCAAGGAGACGCACUGCCAAAGAUAUUCAGAGAGUCACUUGGCUUAGACAAUAGACAUCUCCCGCAUAUUUGCUUGUUGGGGUGGGCCGGGCCUGAUCCAAUGGAGGCUUUCCGGUUCUUGCUUUCACGCCCCGGGUCCCUGGACUCUCGCACUCACUCUGGUCUCACACCUGCGUUGUUCGCGGUUGCCAAACAUCGGAUUCCCGCAAUCAAAUACCUCCGUCGAGAGGAUGUUGCCGCUGAUUUUUCCACCCGUGAUUUUAUGGGCCGGAAUGCCCUGCACUUGACUUUUUGCGACACCAACAAUAGCCCUAACCCGUCAGUCCCUGCGGUCGAAGAAACAGUGAAGCUUCUUCCCGAAGAUAAACUGGCGGAUAUGUUCUUGCAACGCACACGGCGUCACGGACGCACGCCCCUUGCACACCUUCUUCACCAAUUAAUCCAAGCUCCCAUGUACGGGAGCUUCCGGUUCCCCCCUGCCGGUAUCAAUGUCCUUCUCAAGUACUCCAAGGGUAACGAGUUGGGGCUUUUCGACUCUGAAGGGAAUCUCCCGAUUCACAGUGUAUCCGCAUCCCCUCCCCUUCUAUCCUUCGAGACCUCAAUGCUGACAUGGGUGAUCACUAGGUCCUCCGAAGCAACCUGGUGAUUACCGCCCGCCUGCUCCUUGCCCUCAAACCGGAACACAUAAACACGGAAAACGCCUCGGGCCGUACCCCGCUAGAAAUUGCGACGAGCAACUACCUCACCAAGAUCUCCCAAAACUGCCAGACUUUAGCCACCUGGGGCCACCACAAUAGUGCCAUCCACCCCCAGUUCCUUGGUUUCCCCACUCCGGAGAGCCGCGCGGUGGGGUCCACAGAUGGAGAAACGGCGGAGGAGGAGUGGGAUGCACCUGAUGUAAAUGCCGCGUUCGAGCUCGCGUGCAAGGCGGCAAAGGAGGUUGGGUGCGGCAGGACAUUGGUCAGCCUGCACGAGGCGCGGAGUCUCGUGCAGAGGCUGCAGGGCAGCGAAGAACCACCUGUUAGCGAGGAGGAUGAACAGUUCGACCCUAUGUGGGCGGUAAUGUGAACCGUGAUACCAGGGGUAUCGGGUGGGGUUGGCCGGCCGGUUGACUGAAGGAGACUUUUUUGUAUUUUGAUUGUUCGUAUUUUACCUCGCGGAGAUAUUUUUAUUCACAAUUAUCGAGCAUGAUAAUGUGAGAGCAGCAAUCACAACUUAUCACUCGCC